AUGAAAGGCCACACCCAGUUCGAGCGCACGUCAGGCGCCAACGACUCGGUCUGGGUGCAUAAUUCCCCUUAUUCUGACCGGCCACACUUUGACGCCCUGAGUGAGGACAUCAAGACCCAGACCUGUAUCAUCGGCGCUGGAAUUGCGGGCCUCUCCACUGCAUACGAGCUGGUAUGCCGACAGCAGGAUGUCGUCCUUCUUGAGGCCCGAGACGCAAUCUCGGGUGAGACCGGUCGCACCUCAGGCCACCUCGCAAGCGCGUUGGACGACGGGUAUACACGCAUUGCCAAGAAACAUGGUCUCAAGGGGGCUCAGGCCGCGGCAGAUAGCCAUGGAUGGGCGAUCAAGCGCGUGGGGCAGAUUGCGAGAAAGCUGGGCAUCGACUGUGACUACCGAGAGAUCCCUGCGUACCGCGUGUCGCAGUUCGACAGGUUCACACAGCCAAAGGAGCACGCCGAGGACGUCAAGGAAUUAAGGGACGAGGCGGAUAUGGCGGCGAAGUUGAACUUGAAUGCAGAGUUUCGGGAGGGUCUGGCAGUUCGAGGCUGGAAGGGCAAAUACGACCAACGCGAUGCCCUGGUUGUUGAAGGCCAGGCCAGAUUUCAUCCCACCAAGUAUUUGAACGGCCUGAUGGCAUGGUUAAAGAAGCAGGACAGCUUCCGGUGCUACACGGGCACGCGUGUCAUGCUCGUGGAGGAGAAAGGUGUUGAGAUCCUCGGCCAUGGCAACAAGGAGGUGCAUAUCCAGACAGAGAUGGGCUAUCACGUCCAGUGUCAGAACGCCGUUGAGGCAACAUGUGUGCCGCUGCAGAAACUCAGCGUCAUUGCCGAGAUGGAAUUCGACCGCACCUACUGUCUCGCGCUCCGCGUGCCCAAAGACUCUGUUGAGGACUGCCUGCUGUACGACACCGCGGAUCCGUAUAUUUACGUCCGACUUGUCGAAUGUGACGACAAGUUCGACUAUCUUGUUGUCGGCGGAGGUGAUCACAAGGUCGGCCAGGAAGACACAAUACCGCGCUUCCAGGAGCUCGAGGACUGGGCGCGUGAGCGGUUCCCACAGUGUAUUACAGUCGACUACAGAUGGAGCGGACAAAUAUUCGAGCCCGUCGAUUACAUGGCCUUCAUUGGGAAAAACCAAGGAUGCGACCACACCUACAUCGUAACUGGAGACUCGGGUAAUGGACUCACGCACGGAGUGCUAGCCGGGAGGCUGCUUGCAGACGAGAUCGCCCCACAGCCGGCUGAGCAGGAUGAAAUAGAUCAGCUCGACAAGAACGUGUACUCGCCGGACUGGGCCGCUGUGGCGGAUGUUUACUCGCCCAAGCGCGUGGGCAGUAUCCUCAGGUCGGCGCCGACAAUGCUUGCACAUGAUUUGCAGAUCAACAUGCAAUACAAACGCUUCCUGCAAUCAGAUAUCAAUGACAUUGAGGACCUCGCCCCAGGAACCGGCGGUGUGUUGAACCCCAAGGCCAAGAUGCCGAUGGCAGUGUUCCGGGACGAGGAGGGAAACAUGACCAAGAUGAGCGCGCUGUGUCCGCAUAUGAAAGGUGUUGUCUGCUGGAACCAGGCGGAGAAGUCGUUUGAUUGUCCGGUCCAUGGGAGCCGUUUCUCACCGAUGGGGCUAUGUUUGAAUGGUCCUGCGAAAGGUAACCUGGAGCCCGCGGAGAGACAGGUAUCUGGGUCAUUUGAGGGAACGAUAGCAGCAGCGAAGGGAUCGCCCUCGUAG